UACAUUACGUUGUGUCAAGUUACGUGUAAGUGUUUAUAGCACACGUGGUAAACUAGAAAUAUGACACGUGGGUGUUGGUUAUGUAGUAUUAAUGUAAAGUGCAUAUGUGUAACGUGACACACGCACACACUCGUUGUAAUACAUGUAACCAGAGAGUAUAGAAACAUGACUCAAAAAUGCUUGGUGGAAAGGAUCUCGAUCAACCUGUACAUAUACCUCAUGUCUCGCAACCGACGGCUUCACCGACGACUUUCGUCAUACCCCCAGCCGAAUCGUCUGCUGCUGCAAUAGUCCUUUACUUUCUCAAGAUGGGCUCUACGAGAAUUACGAUAAUCAUCCCGAUUCCCGAUCCAAUUCGUAUCUAGCGAUUUGAUAGUUGUACGGGGCAGCAGACUACGCGCUCGAGCUCAAUCAGCAGUAAAAGCAGCAGCGAGUGACAGUUAGUCGUCGACAAUAACAACACGACUCGCUGAACAACAAGAGCACCGCAGCAAGCACCAGUUUCGAAGACGGCUCGAUUAGCCAGUAUUUAGAUUCGUCCUCCAUCCAGUCGACUGUUUUAACGCGGGACACCGAUUACUUCUUCGCAGCAGCAGUUGGUAUAGGUAGUCAAAAGCCAGUCGCUCAGAACACCGGCCUCGACGAAGCAAAGCCCAAACAGAUCUCUGACAGUAUCAAAGCUGAGAUCAUGGACAAGUCCAACAUUGUCUAUUUACCCGGUUUGAAGUUGGAAGUCAAGGAUUACAAUGAUGUUUGGCUCAGUGCUAGGGUAGUCGAGGUCGAUGCUCAAGGGAAGGAUGUUUUGAUUCACUUUGACGAUAUGGCAACUAGAUCCAAUGAAUGGAUACCAAUGGAUAGUUCGCGUCUGAAGAUGACGACUCAGCCUCCUGAAGAGCAAACCAAUACUUUUCAAAUUAGUGAAAAUGUUAUAGCCAAAAGGAUUGAUGGCACAUGGUGUGAUGGCCAAAUUAAGACAUCUCAUGGCAACGACAAAGAAACAGAGACCAGUAGCCAAAAUGCAGAUGUUAUUCAAACGCCAGAGCCAGCUAGAGUAGUUGUCAAGACCAAGACUCAAACUCUUGUGGAAAUACCAGUUAAUCCAAUUGAAAGUGAUCAAAAUUAUUCCAGUAUUGUAAUUGGAAGUUUGAGAGUUAAAACAAAAGAUGGCGCUUUAAAAUGUCCAAAAGGUUGUAAAUCAUUUAGAACUGAAAACUUUAUCAAACAACAUAUAAAAAACUAUCAUAAAGAAUUGGUUCCAUACUUGGAUAACUUAAUACCUAAUGUUGCUGACUUAGCUUAUGCUCGAACUGCUGGAAAGCCUGUUGAAGAUAUUGUUUCAAAAAAAUCUAGAAAGCAAACUUUGCCACCAAAUCAUGUUAAAUUACGUACUUCUUCAACCUGUGACAAAAAAGGAAUUUCUAAAGCUGAAUCUGAAAGUCAAACCAAAAUUGAUAUAAAAGCAGAAAGAGGUAACAGUAAUCAUGAAGAUAGUUUAUCCGAAAUAAGUAAUCUUAACAAUUGUACUGCGUCUCCUGGAACUUCAUUCGAUAUGAGAAACAAAGACAAAAAAGCCCGUACUGGUAUUAAAGUUUUAUUGCCAGUUAGGCGUUCAUUAUCUAUUGUUCACAAUGUACCAGAAAAUUUUCUGCCAACAAAUGCAGAGCCAGAGAUAUGCAGGCCAAGCGAUCUAAGAGGAAUGAAGAAGAGACUUACCAGUGAAUCAAGUAUAGCCCCAAUAUCUAAAAAGCAAAGGCAAUUUUCUGAAAUUGAUAACAGUUUUUCUCUAUCGGAUGACAGCGUCUUUGACAGAGAUGAUACUUUAGAUUCCAGUAAUAAAUCUAGCUUUUUAAAUAGUUCAGAAUUAGCUAAUAGUAGUGCCAGUGACACAAUUCCACCUGUAGUAGGUGAUACAAUAUUAGAAAAUGACGAGCUUAUCAAAGUCGAAGAAUUAAGCGAAGAAGAUAUAGUUAAUUGCAUUUGCUGCAAGAUGGAGGAAGAUGGAUUGAUGAUUCAGUGUGAUCUGUGCCAAUGCUGGCAACACGGCAUUUGUAAUGCGAUAGAACGAAAGGAAGAUGUACCCGAUGAAUACAUAUGUUACUUUUGUCGUAAAAACGAUCAAGGCUGGUUACACAAAGGAACACUACCAAAGUUGAGUGCAGUGCACAUUAAUGCCGAAAAAGACGAACAAAGAUCUACCAUGCUGAAACAUGCACACGAAGGAACACUACCAAAGUUGAGUGCAGUGCACAUUAAUGCUGAAAAAGACGAACAAAGAUCUGCCAUGCUGAAGCGUGCAUUCGACAUUAUGAAAAUGGUUUUGGAAAUCAAGGACGUGCUGCACAGUUUGAGGGUGAAAAUUAACAUAGCGCAAAAUAAAGAUCACCCAAAACUAUAUCUCUGGGCGAAGAGCUGGAGUAAAAUCAAAAUACCGUCGUACGAGAACAAACCGGUACCGUUGUGGGAAACGAUCCAAGACGGAAAUGACAAUAACGAAAACAGCAGCACCGAUAUCAAAAUACCGUCGUACGAGAACAAGCCGGUACCAUCGUUGAAAACAAUCAAAGACGAAAAUGACAAUAGUGUCAACGCCAAGAUCGAUAACCUGCCAAAUACGUCGGAUGAUGAUUUGAUUGAAAUUCUCGGCGAAGACGAGAAUGAAAUUUCACUUACUUCGUCGAUGAAUCUCGGCUUCAACGACAGCAGCCAGUCGUCGAUCUUCGAGUCAUCGGAAGAACCCUGGGCACCCAAGCCCGAGGCACCCAUCGUCUCGGUAGAGUGCAAGUCGCGUCUACUUGAGCACAUCGAGAACCUCCAAGAGUGGGUGGACUCGACCUUGAACUUCGUAGAGGUUCAAAUAGAGGAUUUGGAGAAAAAAUUUGAGUGGAGUCCGGAAACGAACGAUCAAUACAUGCACACGAGCCAAACAUUGCUCAUGGUUCUGAGAGAUCUGGAAAACGUGCGAAAUUAUUCAGUCUAGAGUUAAAAUGUGUAUAUAUUGUAAUUUUUUGACCUAGUCAUUUUUUAAAAUUAGGCUGUAAAAAAAAGAAGUUCUGUACAUAUUCCAAAUCCAUUUAUUGAUCUUAAACGGUGAAAUCUCUGUAUUCAAACUGAUCUCUCUUAUUUAAGUACACACAUAAUCAAUGAUGAUUAGCUGUCAGGUCUACAUAAGCAACAUCAACCGAUUAUAUGCAUUAGUUGUCGAAAUCUCCAUCAUAGCACUGCAGCUGUGCCAGCAUCGCAGUAAAUCAUUGUGCAAGUUGACCUAUGUAUUCGAUGUACAAUUUAGAUUUAUGCAAAAGGCAGUCGUAAAAUAUACCACGUUCAUUAAUAAAUUUUCUGAAUAAUCAUGAUUUUUUUCUUGAGAAUUAUAAUUGAUGUAAUUUUAACCACAAGGCCU